AUGAGAAGCAAAUCACUUGCUUUUGCUUGGCUUCUGCUCCUGUUGUGCGCAGCGCUGAAGAUCGAGCUGUCGCAGGCCGCAGACGCUUGCGGCACCAGCGGUGUGUGCGUUUGCCCAUUUCCAAUUGUAAACGUCUACUGCACCGGUCUCGAUCUCACAGAGAUUCCAACCAACAUCCCGACAACUACCCAAGCACUUUACUUGUAUGACAAUAAGAUCACCAGGAUUUCUGCUAAUGCUUUUGCAGGACUUUCUCAAGUGACGACCCUAUGGAUUCAUGACAACCAAAUUACAACCAUUCCAAGCAAUGCAUUCGCGGGACUGACAUCGCUGCAAACUCUCUGGCUGUACAACAACAACAUCACCAGCCUUGCCGCCAACGCAUUUUCAGGACUGUCGUUGCUGACGGAGAUGGACAUGCAUGGAAAUCGCAUCACGACCAUUCCAACGACCGCGUUUCCUGGUUUGUCAAAGUUGAAUACCUUCUAUCUGCACUACAACCAGAUCACAAGCAUUGCUAUUCAAGCUUUCAAAGACUUGACUCGUUUGGCAACAUUCUCGUUGAACAACAACCGCAUUACAAGCCUUCCCGAGGGUGCGCUCACUGGACUGCAGUCGCUGAAGCUGCUAGAUCUGGCCUACAACGAGCUCACGAGCCUUUCUGCCUAUGCGACCAGUGGCUUGAGCGUUGUGACCAGCAUACACCUGCAGUACAACAAACUCACUAGCAUUGACUCAUUGGCAUUCGUGUACCGCGACAAGCUGGAAUAUCUUCUUCUCGAUAACAACCGCCUCAACCAGAUCACCAGUUUUUCUGCAAAUGUCUUUGCAACUCUUACCUCGCUGAUCGAUUUAAAUUUGGGCGCAAACGAGAUUACUAGCAUCCCCACAGCCACCUUCGCCGGCCUUACAAGCCUGCAAACACUCUACGUCCACGACAACCUGCUCACCAGCGUCCCCGUAGCUGCCAUGACGAGCUUUGCUUCACAACUGCGGCAUCUAUUCCUGGUUGGCAACAAGAUCUCGGCGGUUUCCUCGACUGACUUUGCUGGAUUACCUCGUCUCAAGUCUCUCGGUCUGACUUCCAACCAGAUCACAAGCCUUCCUGCAAACGCAUUUCAAGCGCUCACAACCAACACAGACCUUUACGCCCUGUACAUGGAGAGCAAUCCAUUCACAACUUUGCCGCCCGGACUGUUCAAGGGAUUGAGCAAUGGAAUAUCGUUGGCCCUCGGUUCUUGGCUUGUAUCCGACAAGUUCUUGACACCAAACAACUUUACGUUUGCGGGUAAUACUGUGGCCCCGCCCAGCACCUAUGGCAAUGCAACCCGGCCGCUGAAGUGUGAUACGGCCUGUUCAACCUGCUUUGCGGCUGGAUCUGCCUCGUGCUGCAGUGCCAACUGUCUGAUUUGCAAUUCAACAACCAAGUGCAAUGUGUGCUACGAUGGCUAUCAACUCGUUGGAAUGAACUUUUGCAUGGCGUCCCCGUCUGUUACGUCAGCUGCCUCUGUGGCUUCUGCGUCGGUCGCAGCCCUUGUGUCGGCAACCUCUGCGUCGUCUGCGUCCAUCGCAUCGGCCAGCUCUGCAAUUUCUGCCUCUGCGGCGUCCACUGCUUCCGCGUCCUUUGCAUCCUUUGCUUCACGUGCAUCUGAAAUUAUCGGGUCGCAAGUUUCCGUGUCUUCGGUCUCUGGCGCUUCCAAGUCUUCUGUUCGAAUGGUUGCAUCGCUUUCGGCGUCCGUCGCAUCUCUUGUUUCAGCGGCAUCGGCCUUGUCCGCAUCGGUUGCGUCGAUGAGCUCUGCGUCCGACAUGUCGGCGUCGGCGGCCUCCACACGCUCUGCAUCAAUCGCGUCCCGUGCUUCAGCCGCUUCUGCCCUGUCGGCUUCUGCUGCUUCUGUGGCGUCUGUCUCUACUGUAUCUGCUCUGUUCGCUUCUACUGCUUCAGCGGCCUCUGCUUCUGAAUCUGUUUCUUCUGCCGUUUCUGCGGCAUCUGUCUCUGCUGUCUCUGCUGUAUUUGUCUCUGCUGCAUCUGUGUCAGGUGCAUCUGUCUCUGGUGCAUCAGUUUCUGUUGCAUCUGUCUCUGCUGUCUCUGCGGCAUCUGUCUCUGGUGCUUCUGCAUCCGCUCUGCGGUCUUCCGUGUCUUCUACUUCAAGCGCUUCGACAUCGACUCUGCCCGGUGUUCAAUCCAGCUCGGUGGGCCCCAGUUCGACUGCUCUAGCUGUUUCCUCGUCCGCCCUGCCGAUUACCUCAUCUACGCCUCCCCCUGUGGCCUCGACCUCCGCUUUGCUUCCGUCGACUGUCUCGGAGGCGUCAGUAGCCCCUCUCACGAGCAUCUCGCCCACUUUGCAGACAUCUGCUGCGUCUGCAACCUCCGCCGAUCCUGACAACCCGAACGAGGAAGCGUCUUCCUCUUCCGCGGCAGUGACUGCCGGUAUCGUUGUUGGAGUGCUGGCACUCGCAGUGUUGGGUGCCCUUCUUGUCGUUGCUCUCCGACGCCGUCGUGCUGCGAUGGGCGCUGAUGCUCGCAAACCGUCUGGAGCCGAUACUCGCCCGGUGGCGCAUAUGGCCAAUCCCACCUUCUCAACAGCCUAA